CUCCCAGCUGCCUGAAUCGACUCAAGGAGCUUCUUCUUCUUCUUCUUCUCCUUCUUCUUCUUCUUCUUCUUCUUCUUCUUCUUCAUCGUCAUCAUCAUCAUCAUCAUCAUCAUCUUCAAUAUUCGAAGAAAAUGGCGACUGUAAUCGAAGCGGUGAUGCCGUAUAGACUUCUGGAGGACGAGACCGGUUCGCCGGAAGGAGAAUCUAGCCCCGUUGACGCCGUUCUCUUCGUCGGGAUGUCUCUGGUGCUCGGUAUAGCUUCCAGGCAUUUGCUUCGCGGGACUAGGGUUCCUUACACCGUCGCUCUACUCGUUAUCGGGAUUGCUCUUGGAUCUCUCGAAUAUGGAACCCAUCAUAACCUUGGGAAGCUCGGCCAUGGAAUUCGUAUAUGGAACGAAAUCAACCCUGAACUUCUUUUGGCCGUUUUUCUUCCGGCUCUUCUUUUCGAGAGUGCCUUCUCGAUGGAAGUUCACCAGAUCAAGAGAUGUCUGGGACAAAUGGUGCUACUUGCUGGGCCUGGAGUUCUCAUUUCAACCUUUUGUCUGGCAUCGCUUGUUAAGCUCACGUUUCCGUAUGACUGGGACUGGAAAACGUCGUUGUUGCUUGGGGGACUUUUAAGUGCUACUGAUCCUGUUGCUGUUGUUGCUUUGCUUAAAGAGCUUGGUGCUAGUAAGAAGCUAAGCACAGUCAUUGAAGGGGAAUCCCUGAUGAAUGAUGGGACGGCUAUUGUGGUUUUCCAGUUAUUCUUAAAGAUGGUUAUGGGUCAUAGUUCUGGCUGGUCUUCUAUAAUCACAUUUCUGAUUAGAGUCGCACUUGGAGCUGUUGGCAUUGGUAUCGCUUUUGGCAUUGCCUCGGUUCUUUGGCUCAAGUUCAUAUUCAACGACACAGUAAUUGAGAUUACUCUUACGAUUGCAGUGAGCUACUUCGCAUAUUACACUGCUCAAGAGUGGGCUGGGGCUUCUGGUGUUUUGACGGUGAUGACUUUGGGCAUGUUUUAUGCUGCAUUUGCAAGAACAGCAUUUAAAGGGGACAGUCAAAGAAGUUUGCAUCACUUCUGGGAAAUGGUCGCAUAUAUUGCAAAUACUUUGAUUUUUAUCCUCAGUGGUGUUGUCAUUGCUGAAGGCAUUCUCGACAGCGAUAAGAUUGCGUACCAAGGGAGUUCAUGGGGAUAUCUUUUUCUACUAUACUUAUACAUCCAACUAUCGCGUUGUGUUGUUGUUGGAGUUCUGUAUUCAUUUUUAUGUCGUGUUGGCUAUGGCUUGGAUUGGAAAGAAGCCAUUAUACUCGUAUGGUCUGGUUUGAGGGGUGCAGUGGCGCUCUCACUUUCUUUAUCCGUGAAGCAAUCAAGCGGAAAUUCAUUUCUCAGCACCGAGACAGGAACAAUGUUUAUUUUCUUCACUGGUGGAAUCGUGUUCCUGACUCUGAUAGUUAAUGGAUCCACUACCCAAUUUGCUCUGCGCCUUCUUCGCAUGGACGGUUUACCAGCCUCAAAGAUACGAAUAUUGGAUUAUACAAAGUAUGAAAUGCUGAAUAAGGCCUUACAAGCGUUUGAAGAUCUAGGAGACGAUGAAGAGUUAGGACCUGCUGACUGGCCUACAGUUGAGAGUUAUAUUUCGAGCUUAAAAGAUUCAGAAGGGGAACAAGUUCAUCCUCAUAGUGGCUCUAAGCCUGGAAAUCUUGACCAUACGAGUUUAAAGGACAUACGUAUACGUUUCUUAAAUGGUGUUCAGGCAGCUUACUGGGAGAUGCUUGAUGAAGGAAGAAUAUCUGAAAGUACUGCUAAUAUUUUGAUGCGGUCAGUGGAUGAGGCGUUGGAUCAUAUUUCGACGGAGCCUUUAUGUGACUGGAGAGGUCUAAAAUCGCAUGUUAAGUUCCCGGGCUACUACAACUUUCUUCAUUCUAAGAUUAUCCCUGGGAAGUUGGUCAUAUACUUUGCUGUCGAUAGACUGGAAUCUGCUUGCUACAUUUCCGCUGCAUUUCUUCGCGCACAUACAAUUGCACGGCAGCAAUUGUAUGAUUUUCUUGGGGAGAGUAAUAUCGGUUCUACUGUAAUCAAGGAAAGUGAGACCGAAGGAGAGGAGGCGAAAGAGUUCUUGGAAAAAGUCCGAUCUUCACUUCCUCAGGUUCUCCGUGUUGUGAAAACAAAACAAGUAACUUAUUCAGUGCUGAGUCAUUUACUCGAUUACAUUCAAAACCUUGAGAAGAUUGGCUUGCUGGAGGAAAAAGAAAUCGCUCAUCUUCAUGAUGCUGUUCAGACUGGCUUGAAGAAGCUUUUGAGAAACCCUCCAAUAGUAAAACUUCCAAAAUUAAGCGACCUGAUCACCUCGCAUCCUUUAUCUGGUGCCCUUCCGUCUGCAAUAUGUGAACCUCUAAAACACUCGAAAAAAGAAACAAUGAAGCUGCGUGGUGUGACGCUUUAUAAAGAAGGUUCAAAACCAACUGGAGUCUGGCUAAUUUUCGAUGGCAUUGUUAAGUGGAAAAGCAAAGGCUUAAGCAACAAUCACUCGCUGCAUCCAACAUUUUCUCAUGGUAGUACACUGGGACUCUACGAAGUCCUCACUGGGAAGCCAUAUAUGUGCGACGUGAUUACAGAUUCUGUGGUUCUUUGCUUUUUUAUCAAUAGUGAGAGAAUACUAUCUUAUGUACAAUCGGAUUCCACCAUUGAAGAUUUCCUUUGGAAGGAAAGUGCAUUGGUGCUUCUAAAGCUAUUGCGUCCUCAAACAUUUGAAAAAGUGCCAAUGCAUGAAUUAAGGGCCCUUGUUUCCGCUGAAAGCUCGAAACAGACAACAUAUGUAUCUGGAGAAUCAAUUGAAAUCGAUCACAACAGCGUCGGUUUGUUAUUAGAAGGAUUCAUAAAAGCAGUUGGUAUCCAAGAAGAGCUUCUUAUAGCAUCUCCUGCUGCAUUAUUGCAUUCUAACGAGAAUCAAAGCUUCCGUAAUUCAUCAGAAGCUUCGGGUAUCCUGAGAGUGAGUUUCUCACGACAAGCAGCACGAUACAGUGUGGAGACAAGAGCAAGAGUAAUCAUCUUCAACCACGGUGCAUUUGGAGCUCAUAGGACUCUACAACGAAAACCAUCGACGUUAGCAUCACCACGUGCCACAAGCUCUGACCACCAGCUCAAGAGAUCAGCUAGCAAAGAACACAGAGGUCUCAUGAGAUGGCCUGAGAAUAUAUACAAAGCCGAGCAAGAAGAAGAGAUGAAUGGAAAGACAUUAAACUUGUCUGAACGAGCGAUGCAACUUAGCAUUUUCGGCAGCACGGAAAAUCUGUACAAAAGGAGUGUAAGUUUCGGUGGGCUGAACAAUAACAAGGCACAAGAUAACUUAUCGUACAAGAAACUCCCAUCAACCUCAGCUCAAGGUCUUUUUUCAGCAAAAUCGGAAGGCUCAAUGGCAACCACUAAGCAGGUUGAAAGCCGGAAAUUUGUGUCUCAGCUUCCUCCGUUAGCUGCAUCUGCAGAAAGCAGCUCGAGGCGAGAAACGAUGGCGGAAGAAUCAAGCGAUGAUGAAGAUGAAGGAAUCAUUGUGAGGAUCGAUUCUCCGAGUACGAUCGUUUUCAGGAACGAUGUGUGAGCAAGCGAGUUUGUUUGUAACAUAAUCAAAACGAGAAUGUUAAGCUUUUACUUAAAUUCUUGUGCGAUGUCAAAUGAAUAAAAGGCAAAACAACAAAGCUAUUUUGAGAACCAUUUCAAAGUUGUGAAAACAAAUCCAAUAACGAUCUUCUU